AUGAUACGCCCCCAGGUCAACACGAUCGCUGGGACACUCAAAAACGCCCAACUCGCCCGCAGGACAUUCGCACUCCAGCUCGGGUUCGGCAGCCAGUCCGUAGUGCCUACCAGUGGGAUGACCAAGGACGGCCGAUCUGUCGACACUGCGGGACGCCAGGACAUUUUCAACGCACAUGCCCACACAAAGGUUCCCCAGCGUCAGGCACUAGCCCAAGUUACUGAGGUCUCCCCAUCAGACAUUAAAGGGGAACAAGAGCUGGUGCUAGAUUGCAUUGAACCAGAUGUGGUGGAAGUGGGGCGGGUCAUGGCAAGAACGGACAAUGUCAGCGUGGAAGACGGGGAGACUUGGCGAGAACGCCAGGCCAAGGACCCAGAGCUCGUACAGAUACGGCAGUGGAAGGAGCAAGGGACCACAUGCCCAGAGGCAAGAGGCGAAAGAUCUUUGGCAGACCUACCACGAAAAGAUGGGCCACCCAAACAACGACCGGACCGUGGCAGCCCUCAGGCAGCGCUGUUACUGGCCAAGAAUGACUGA